GAAACCGACCGAUUAAAAGUUUGGUCCGGUCCGGACCGACAUGCUCCCAACGACUGGCAGUGCUUUCCAACCGACGCUUGUGUCUUGGUAGCCAUCGCUGUUAGUUUUCAUUGCAGCUCGAGAGUGCAGCAGAGAUGGAGUACGUGAGCCCCGAAGGACUUCGCUUGGAUGGUCGCCGUCCCAUGGAAAUGAGACAAAUUCGAGCAGAGAUUGGUGCUGUGGCUAAAGCUGACGGGUCGGCCGUGUUUGAGAUGGGUAACACCAAAGUCAUUUCAGCAGUAUAUGGCCCUAGAGAGGUCCAAAAUUGGAGUCAACAAAUUAGUGACAAGGCGCUGGUGCGCUGCGAGUAUAGCAUGGCUAACUUUAGUACUGGGGAUCGAAUGAGAAAACCAAAAGGUGACAGACGAUCUACAGAGAUAUCUCUGGUUAUUCGCCAGACGAUGGAAGCUUGCAUAAUGACACAUUUGAUGCCUCGGUCUCAGAUAGAUAUUUUUGUCCAAGUUCUCCAAGCUGAUGGAGGGACUAGAUCUGCAUGUAUCAAUGCUGCAACUUUGGCCCUUGCAGAUGCUGGGAUUCCUUUGCAGGAUCUUGUUACUUCAUGUAGUGCUGGGUACCUUAAUAGCACUCCUCUUCUUGAUUUGAACUAUGUAGAAGAUAGUGCUGGAGGUCCUGAUGUCACUGUAGGGUUUCUACCUAAGUUGGACAAAGUGACUCUUCUUCAGAUGGAUUCCAAGUUAUCAUUAGACCUUUUUGAAAAUGUCAUGCAACUUGCAAUUGAAGGCUGCAAAGCAGUAGCAAAUUACAUCCGGGAAGCGCUUGCAUCAUUUGUUCUAUAAGUACAACCGAUCAAGAACUUGAACUUGUUCUAUACGUACAUCAUGACGGGUUUCUUGAAAUAUUCUGUUUGGUUGGCAAAUAUUGCUAGAGAAUACCAAGCAACUAGAGUAUCGCCGGGGCCUAUAGUUUACAAGCAUGGUAAGAAACUUAAAAUCCAUCCUUUAUUGACAAUUGAUUUAGACAUAUGAGUAGGCCUUGCUGGUCCAAAAAAUCAAACUGCAGGCAUCUCUUCUCUGACCUCGUUCCUUGGAAGCUGCAGCGUGGCCUGAUCAUUGUUAAACUUCAAUUCUGCCUUCCAUCAGUGACCAUGAACUUGUUCGACUCGUAUAAUCGGCACCUAUUUGUGGUGGUAUGUUUGCCUCAACUCUUGGAAAUACUUUUUUUUUUAUUUUUUUACAACUUAAGCUUGUUCUAAUGAUGCCCUCUUGCUUGUAUUUAAAACCAUAGACUGAAUUUUAGUCACAGAAAAUUUUGAUCGAGAGAGUUGGCAUGGAGUUUUAUGUUUAAUUGUUUUCGAGUCA